AUGUUGAAAAUGAUGAAUCGUACGAAAAAGCACCACGGCGGCCAGCGCAACAAGGAUGCCAAGGUAAACCGGCAUGAAGUGAGCGCGGGUGCUAACGUGGGUCCGGUGAAGCCAUCUUUGGCGUCAAUGGCUCCACAACCCGCAUCUAUCCCGCCAGUUCAAUCAACGACCGCGAGUGCCGGAAGUAGCGGAGGUGGCCGUAUGAAAAAAAAGGUGAAACAACUGUCUGCUAAUAAAAAACCAAAUGAUGUUGAAAGAGGUGUCGGUGGAUGUAGUGAUGAUCGAGGGACGGUUACACCGGCGCUGCGGAGUGUCUCACGAGACUCUCGCUCUUCUAGCAGUAAUAAAGCCGGUGGCUUGGCCUCGUUCUCCGAGCAGCUAGUUGCACCGAAAAUGGAGCGAUCUAAUAGCUUCUUUCUAACGCGCAAGCUCUCAAGCCUAUACAACAAGCUGAGCGGAAGUCGUGAAAAUGUGUCCUCCAAUAACGUGGCUUCCCAGGAUGUUGGCGUAGAAACACAAUCGCAGCCUUUUCCGUUUGUACGCAGUCGUAGCAUGUCCUCAAUACAGUUAAAACGUGCUUAUCGACGAAGUCAGAACGAAUCCACACUACAAAACCUGCAAGAGGAUGCCAUACUGGAGCGAUCGGAGAGUACUGAAGAAACUACCAUGACGACUGAAACUAACGAUCAAGCAAUCCAUCAGACCACACCAGUGAUUGCCACAGAUUCGGAAUGCAUAGCAACGCCACUUCCUAGGUUCGAACGAUCAAACAGUAUUCUCGCUUCUAUAAGACGCAAGAUCAGUUUUCGCUCCGAAAGACGUUCUUCUACGGUGUCAAAUUGGAGCACUUCUCUUCAAAACUUACGCCAGGAAGAUUUUAUGAUCAGCUACGAUGAUCUUAGUUUCAUUGAUUACGACCAGUUCAACAGCUAUGAGGCUAGCUUGCUGAAACGACAAGCCGGUCGCUCUGUAGGAUUCCAGACUGAAGACUUACCAAACACAAAUGGUUUAAGAUCCUACGAUCAACAGCACGAGGUGCGUUCGAGGACUUUGCAAGAUCAGGCAAAUCCUGUGGUAGUGGAAGCAACUAACAAUGGUGUUAUUCGACGUAAACGAAAAAAUGACACCCUACUGCGCACGACACUCACACGAAAAAGCAUGGAUGUAGAAAGUAACCUGGAUCGGGAUAAGAACGUUUACCGCAACAGCCUUGAUGCGGAAAAGCUGCUGUAUAUUAGCAAAAUAAACAGGAAAUCCUUUCGAUGGAGUACAGAUGUUGAACGAGACGUGGUAGCUUUGGAUCUGGAAAAUGUAGACUUAGCGAUGGUCCAAAUGUUGAAUGGGGUGGCUGUAAGCCGUCAAACGUCGCCCCCAGCAUUUGAUGAGUGUGAUAGUGGAAUGAUUGAUGGGAGUGAAAGUGCUAAAUUGUGCGUAAAUGAAGGGGAUGUUGGGGAUCGAGUAAUUGCAAGAAGUAGCGUUGGUUACGUGAGUCGCAGUGAAAGCCUCAAAAGAUCCCGAUCGUAUAGUGGUGAAAAGUGUAUUGCCUUUCAGGAAGGAUUUAGCCGUUCUACAAAACCAAUGCAGAUGAAGUCUUUGAGUCUAACGCACCUUGAUGAGAUAGAACGCCAGACAUCAACUCCAACCAUCAUAGGAAAUGACCGGCACAUGAGAAAGGGUAAUAAUUCUGAUACUUCAAACACAUCGAUUGCGUCCGCAAGCGGAUCAACUGGAUAUGGAGGCGCCAACAUUUCCGGCGAUUCUUCCGUUCAAGCCAUCUCACCUAAGGAGGUCAGUCUGUCGGUUACUUCUGGUAGAGCACUUAUCGACAUUAGCAAUAGCGACGGUGGAUGCAUCAAUCCAGCUUAUGACAGCGGAGAUGGGGUUCAUCGAGGGGAUACAAUAGCCAAGUCCUCUUUGAAAAAGGAUGACGCAGACAAGGCUCACGAAUGCCUAUGCGUUGGGGUGUGUUGCAUGCUGUCGUCGCCCUCCUGUGCGAAACCUGUUAUAAACAAUCCAUGUAAUAUGGGUGGAGUCAGUACAUCGUCUUCUUCGCUAAAAAAAAAAUCUUCCUCCUUCCUGCAUCGGGAACGCAAGAAGCCGGUUCUCACACGCAGUCAAGUUUCAAGUUCGGAAUACUUUUCAGUUUGUUUCGCGAGUGACCACAACGAUCCGGGCGUAUUGAUUCCUGCCACCAAAGGAAUAACACUUGCAGAAUGUUUACGACCCUCACUAUCACGAAGAAGUCUUAGUUUCUCGCAAAUCUAUGUCACCGAUAACGGUUUUAACAAUCCGCAUGAAACCGGCGUGCACUAUACAGAACCAUUGGAAGCCAACAUGGAUAUAUCUAUUCUGGCAGGUCGAACGUUAAUUGUAUCAGAACGUAAUGGUACACCUAACCGACGAACAGGUGGCCAUCUAAUUCUACAAAAGGCUGCCUCCGUUGGAAACCAACCCUCUUUAAUGUCAUCUACCAGCAAACUUUUUACCUCUACAUCAACAGACGAAAACUACGAUCAAAGCCCAAAGGCGUCAUCGGUUUCUGGCAAGCAAUCGAAGCAAAAAUGGACAAUACCAUUCGGAUCUAAGGGACCACAAAAAUCAAAGCUUUGCGAAUUGCUGGACAGUUACAAUAAAGAAAUUCCUAAAUCGACGUCUUCCCCAAGCAACAUAAAUACUCCCGAGUACGUAGACGCUUUAGCAGGCCUUAGAAAUUUACCACAGUGUUGGACAGACAUCGUCAGCUGUAGUGGAAUGAGUGAGGCUGAAACGAAAAUCCAGUCUGCUAUUUGGGAGCUGGUGACAACGGAAGUUUACUAUAUUCUAGCGCUGCAAACAGUAACAGAUCUUUUCCUCGCCUGCUUAGAAGACAUUCAGCUGCAAAACAUUCUUACGGAGAUUAAUCAGAACAAAUUGUUUUCCAACAUUCGAGACAUCUGGGAGGCUAACCUUCAUUUCUGGACACAGUACCUCCAUCCAAUGGUAAAGCACAGUCAACGAACAAAGAAACCGAUGAGCAUUUACUUCUUCCAGUCUGGUUUUGUUGAUUUUGCUAACAUUUUCAACCCUUAUAUCAAGUACUGCGCCGAUCAAAGUACAUGUCAGUUCUAUUGCAAGGACAUGUAUCACAAUAAUGCGCUAUUCAUGACCUAUUGUGCCUGGUGUGAGUCGCAGAAGAUGUGUAAUCGGUUACGACUGGCUGAUAUCCUGGUGCGACCAAUGCAACGGUUGACUAAGUAUGGAUUACUUCUAGCGGCUGUUAAAAAACAUAUCACCGAUGAAGCAGAAGGAGAAGCCAUCGAUGCCAUGAUUCAUUCGGUAGAAGAAUUCGUAGCCGGUGUUAAUUCCCAUCUAACGACACGUCAAGAAUGCGAGCGAUUAAAAGGAAUAAAUUCCAGAAUUGACUGUUAUGAGGUGGUUGAUUCAAACAAUGAAACACUUGAACGAUUAGUUAAACAGCACAGCACAAUGUUUGAUUUAUGCCAACCCAUGCGCGGAAUAGACCACGGUCGAAAGGUUUUUGUUGAAGGUGACUUGAAGUAUAAGGAUAGUACAGGCAAGAUGGACGUUCAUUGCUUCCUUUUCACAGAUUUUUUAUUGGUUUGUAAAAAAAACAGAGGUAACAAGCUGAAGAUCGUGCGGCAACCGUAUAUGACAGAACGGUUGAUGAUACACAUCAAGGAACAAAAUUUAUAUUGUUGUUAUGUGAACGAGCUUAAUAUGGCCGUGGCUGCGUUUACUCUGCAAAGCUCUAAAGCCCAGCAUUGGUAUGAUUCCAUAACCAAGGUGAAACAUAUCUAUAACCGAAUGAAACAAGGCACAUUCGGUGACAUACGUCAAUAUGGAAACAUAAUCAACAUUAGCAACAGCUGUAACAAUUCCACCGGAAAUAGUAAUGUUAAUAUAAACAACGAUAAUUUUAAUACUAAGAAAUCGCCACUCAACAGCUCUAUUGGAAGCCGUGUGAGCAGUUUGAAUAAUAGUCACAGUGGAUCUGUUGACUUAAAUGAAUCAAAGCAGGUAUCGAUAGAUUUUGAGAAAACCAAUUCUUUAUCUAGUGAUGAAGGAGCAAGUACUGGCAAUCCCGUUCACGGUAUCGGAUUAAUAAUGAUGCAUUCAAAAUGCGAAUGUCCUGCCAGUAGCAGUAGAAAGCCAAAAAAUACCGUCUCUACGUUGCAAACUAAAUCCACAAACUCACUCACAGUACAACCGUACAGUGGGCUGGGACAGAGUAUGCCUAAUUUGAAUCUGAACUCCAUCCAAAAUAGCAAUACUCUCUCGGUGCCAGGUACAUCAAAUAGUUUAUCUCACUCCGGAAUGGUAUUGUUGUCUCCUAGCCAACGUGGAAUUUCAUAUCCUCCUCCAUCACCAACCAGGGCAACGCUACGUCGGGGAUUCGCGUUUUCCACGUCAAUCAAAAACCCACCUUUAAUCAAAACACGCAAUGUGCCCUCGCAGCAGAGCUUCACACUCUCUCAGCAGCAGAGCUUCAAUACAGCAACACUUGCACAUCAUCAACAGGGUCUGCAACCACCAACCAUUAAUGCAGUUUGCACUUCCAACACCACCAUCAACUCGGUGGGAGAAGGAUGCAUCGGGGGAUGCGCGCUGCCGUUAUCUUCAUCCAGUGUAUCGGUUUUCAAGCGUAAAAAUAGCGUUCAAAACACACACAAAAACAGCUCCGCGACCUGCAUGAACCCAAGUUUGUCCAACGAAGCUUAA